GUAAGAUUCCUAGUUGGAAAAAUAUCUAAACAGAUAAUGAAGUCCAUCCAAUUAUCUCAUAGUGUGAAAGCAUUUUCAUAAACCCCACCAACUCUACAUAUCACAUAUAUAACAAUCAUAUUAACUAAUCUCUCUCUCUCUCUCUCACAGAGAAAGGUGCAGUGUAGAUUGAGCUUUUUUCUGGUGAAAAUGGGCAGAAAGUGCUCAAUUUGUGGACACAUAGGUCACAAUUCAAGGACUUGUAUCAUUUCUAGAGGGUCUGUUAAUGUUAGGCUGUUUGGAGUACAACUUGAAGUAUCUUCUCCUUCCGUUCCCAUCAAGAAAUGCUUCAGCUUGGAUUGCUUACCAUCCUCCUCGUUGCCUGCAGCAGCGUCGUCUUCCUCCCUAUCUUGUUCGCUAUCUUCCCAAGUUUCAAUCAACGAAAAUUCCGAUAAGACAUUAAUUGGUUAUCUCUCUGAUGGUCAUUUACCCCAAGUUCAGGAAAGAAAGAAAGGAAUUCCAUGGACCGAAGAAGAACACAGGGCUUUCCUAAUUGGGCUUGAGAAGCAAGGAAAAGGAGAUUGGAGGGGAAUUUCAAGAAACUUCGUAACUACAAGAACUCCAACACAAGUUGCAAGUCAUGCUCAAAAGUACUUUCUCCGGCAAGCCAGUUUGUACAAGAAGAAGAGACGGUCGAGCCUCUUUGACAUGGUUAGUAAUGCUGCUUCAAAGACAGAUUCGAAUCAAGAAAUAGGACAAGAUGAUGCUAUUCUGCCCCCGAUAGACCUGAAUUCAUCUGGACAAGACAACGAGUGGAAUGAUCAAGAAUGUGAAAAUUCUCUAAUAGUUCCGGAACUGAAUUCGAGCAGCUCUCUUUUGUUUUUGAAAAUUUUAAGACGGAAUUGUUUGAUGGAAUUUGAUUCAAGAAAGCCGUCUAAGAUAAAAAUCCCAGUUUAUGCGCUGAAAAUUUUCUUCAGUUUUGCAACUGAUUAG